ACAUUACACUGGGCCAGAGCAUUGACAGACCCGCGCAGGCCAGCGGGGGCCCCUCCGGGGGCGCGGGCGGCUGGUGUGGCUAGGGGUUCACCCUGGAGUGUCGAGCUGUGUUACCAGACUAGGUUUUCUCGCACUCAGUUCCAGGUCCCGUUGAAGUUCUGAUGCAGUAGAUAGAAGUGUUUUAGGGCCUGAAUGUUCUGGAUGCUUCAGAAAGUCCAUCUUCAAGAUCCUCAGGGAUACCUUUCACGUCGUCGUCAGGGACAUCGUCCUGCACCUCUACACUGUGGUGAGAAGGAAUCUCGGACUCACAUGAAGUUGCAAAAAAUAGUACCAAGUUCCUGCGUGCUCUUCAAUCAGCUUCCUGCAACAAUAACCUCUUGUGUGACCAUCGAACACUAUCAAAACCAGGAGAUUGACAUUGAUGACACACGCUUUGGGCCCAUCAGGAAGACCCUGCAGUUUGCACAGUGUGAAAACCCCUGUUUUAGACAAAGCACGGAUGAGGUGUCUCCGUUAUCAGGAAAGGUAAUCCGACAUCUUAAAGAUUUUGCUCCCCCUGAAGAGGAAACAUUAUAAAGGAACACGGGAUGUAGAAGAAGAAAUCUUCACAGGCCUCUCCAAGGAUGGCAUGCCGACCCAUCCCUCACUGAGACCAUGAUCUCUUCUAAUCUCUUGGAUGUUUCCAUGUUCUCCAGCGAGAAUUCUUCUACUUUGUUUUGUGCCAUGGGAAAAACCUGAAACAGGCAGCGUUGCUCCCAAACUUGGGGAUUUUUCUAAGAUUGUAGUGGCUCUUACAGAACAUGACAAUUGGAGAUCACUUCUUUUUGUUGUCUUUCAAACUUGAACCAAAGAAGGCCCUUCCUCGUUCUCUAGUGCGUUGGUGCCUACUCAUUUUUACAUUAUAUUUGUUUCCGUUGCUGGUGCCUUAAAACCAUCUCGUAUAAUCAAAAGACCUCCUUUAACGUUUUCCAGCACACCUUGCAUAUAUCUGGGCUCCUCAGGGGCUCGCCCAUGGCUCUGUGCGCCAGCAGUCCAAGGGCAUUACCAUGAGGCACUGCAUUAAUUGCUGCAUACAGUUGUUGCCCAACAACGAGCGCAAACAGCAGGUGGGCUGCGGAGGAGGCCCUCUUCACAGUCACCCGGAGUGCCCCGCGUGCAAGGGCGAGAACAAAAUUGUGCUUCGUGUGGACGGUAAGCAGAUGAACUUGCUUGCUGUUCUCGAGGUGAGGGCUGAGGGGAACGAGAGCUGGGGCAGGUUUCUGCGCUUCAAGAAGGGGAAGCGAUGCAGCCUCGUUUUUGGAUUGAUGAUAAUGACCUUGGUGAUGGCGUCUUACAUCCUUUCUGGGGCCCACCAAGAGCUUCUCAUCUCCUCGCCUUUCCAUUACGGAGCCUUCCCCAGCAAUCCCAGCUUGAUGGACGGUGAAAACCCGAGUGACGGGAAAGAGCACCAUCACCAACCCUCUGUAAAUAAUAUUUCGUAUGUCAAAGACUACCCAAGCAUUAAAUUAAUUAUCAACAGCAUCACAGCCAGGAUAGAGUUCACCACCAGGCAGCUCCCAGACAUAGAAGAUCUCAAGAAGCAAGAAUUGCACAUGUUUUCAGUAAUCCCCAAUAAAUUUCUUCCAAAUAGCAAGAGCCCGUGUUGGUACGAGGAGUUCACGGGCAGGAACACCACCGACCCGUACCUGACCAACUCCUACGUGCUCUACUCCAAGCGCUUCCGCUCCACCUUCGACGCCCUGCGCAAGGCCUUCUGGGGCCACCUGUCGCACGCCAGCGGGAAGCACUUCCGCCUCCGCUGCCUGCCGCGCUUCUACAUCAUCGGGCAGCCCAAGUGCGGCACCACCGACCUCUACGACCGCCUCCGGCUGCACCCGGAAGUCAAGUUCUCCGCCAUCAAGGAGCCCCACUGGUGGACCCGGAAGCGCUUUGGAAUUGUGCGCCUGAGAGAUGGGCUUCGGGACCGCUACCCCGUGGAAGAUUACCUGGACCUCUUUGACCUGGCUGCACACCAGAUUCAUCAAGGAUUGCAGGCCAGCUCUGCAAAGGAGCAGAGCAGGAUGACCAGAAUCAUCAUCGGGGAGGCCAGCGCCUCCACCAUGUGGGACAACAAUGCGUGGACGUUCUUCUACGACAACAGCACAGACGGAGAGCCGCCCUUUCUCACCCAGGACUUCAUCCACGCCUUCCAGCCGGACGCAAAAUUGAUUGUCAUGCUCAGGGACCCCGUAGAGAGGUUGUACUCCGACUAUCUCUACUUCGCAAGUUCGAAUAAAUCUGCCGACGACUUUCAUGAAAAAGUGACGGAAGCUCUGCAGCUGUUUGAAAAUUGCAUGCUCGAUUAUUCCUUGCGUGCCUGUGUCUACAACAACACGCUCAACAAUGCCAUGCCUGUGAGGCUCCAGGUCGGUCUGUAUGCUGUGUACCUUCUGGAUUGGCUCACUGUUUUUAACAAAGACCAAUUCCUCAUUCUUCGCCUGGAAGACCACGCAUCCAACGUCAAGUACACCAUGCACAGGGUCUUCCAGUUCCUCAACCUCGGGCCCUUAGGUGAGAAACAAGAGACCCUGAUGACAAAGAGCCCCGCGUCCAAUGCACGGCGUCCUGAGGACCGGAACCUGGGGCCCAUGUGGCCUGUCACCCAGAGGAUCCUGCAGGACUUCUACGGGCCUUUCAACACCAGGCUGGCGCAGGUGCUCGCUGACGAGGCGUUCGCCUGGAGGAAGACCUGAGGGCUGCGUUCCCGCUGUGGUUUCCACUGUACCACGAUUGAAAAGUCUCUCUUUGUGGGGGGGCCCUUUUACUCACAGUGUGGAGAAAACCCCAAGAUUCUUCUUCCCCUCCCGAGGCACGUGUUUAGCAUAACCAUUUGUGGUGUGAAAUAAUCUGGGAACUGACCCUUCGCAGGGCCUCUCCAGCCGAGGCCAUUGGAAAUCCACUUGGGAAACUGUUCCCUCCUGCAGCAGCGUGGCCAGGCUGCGGGGGUGAGGCGGGCGGUGCUGGUGGGGGCGCUGGGGGACGGGCAUAGCUGGGGGCUGACGAUGCUGGGAUCCGAUUGAGCACGCCAGAGGUCACGCCGCCACGCUGGAGGUCAUGUCACCAUGCCGGAGGUCAUGCCACCACACUGAGGUUAUGCCACCAUGCUAGGGGUCAUGUCACCAUGCUAGAGGUCACACCACCACACUGGAGGUCGUGCCACCAUGCCGGAGGUCACACCAUGGCAUUGCCAGAGCUUACACUUCCAUUCAGUUUGGAAGCACUGUUCAGGCCAAUACCUUCGUUUGGGCAGAGAAUGGAGCCUCUUUCCUUUUUUUCCUUUUACUCCAAAGUCCACCCUUUUUCUCUUCAGAUAUAAACCCUCUUAACUUCACUUUCAUGAGAGAGAAGAAAAAAAAUCAUCAAUUUUUGGUAGCACAUUUGUUUCUCGGACCAUCUCCCAUUCUGUCCUUGUGCGUUACUUACGUUUAACUAGAAAAUGAAUGUUUGAAACCACUUUCUGUAUCUCGUUAGCCGUAGCUCCCUUUUCUGCCUCUUUAGAUGUUUCCUCAAGAGUUUACUCAGUUUAUAAUCAGAAUACAGAGUCCGUUUCUAACUGGAAGGGAAGUUGUUGCAGUUAAUGCCAGACUGAGCACCUUCCAGGGGUUGAACUCUUCCUGGGAAAUCUGGGCCUCUUGGACUCUCCUCGCACACUCAAGGUCACCACCAGGCCUGGAAGGUGUUUCAAGUUUUAGUUCCGGCCAAGGACGCUCUCUGUUGCUCUGCCUCCCCCACCCCCCCACCCCCCGGAAUGAGCUCAUUACGCACAUUCUCCACCACGUGUGGCCAGAGGCCCUUCCUAUGUUCACAGACUACAAGAUGCUUGCUCUGAUUCAGAAACACAAUGAGUGAGCUAUACGUGGGCCGCGCAUGGUAUGCUGGGAUUCUUAAUGGAACUUACUGGGCCGCUCGGCAGCUUGGUUUACCAGUGGAUGGGCUAAAGGUCUCAUCAUUUCUUGGAAGUGAUGGGGAGAGAGUGAAGAGAACACUGGAGCCCACUUGGCACACAGCCCCAGGUGGGACCUCGAUGGAGUUUUGCACUGGAGUGUUUCCAAGGGAAGCUUCCUGGGAACCAGAGCUCUCUGGACAAGUCCCAUACGCCAAAGUCAGAACAUGCGGAUGCCUUUGUGUCCAGCCAUGUGUGCAGACGUGAGGAUUUGCUCAGCUGUCCAGCUCUGGCGUCCUCAUCUUUCUGCCACCAAGAGGUGGGAUGCGCCGCCCGGGUGAAGGCGUGCAAGGGCCAUCAGUAUGGCCGUAGCCGAGCUGUUCCUGCUACUGAAGGAGCUGUGUGUCCUGAAGACCUGCUUUGUGGGAUAGUUACCUGGCCCUAAGUCCCUCACAGGCAGCCAGCAGGGGAUCCGGCCUGAGCACCAAGGGCUGCAGGGAGAUGUCACGGCAGCGUGCGUGUGUAUUUAUUCACAGUCCCGGGUGUGCACGCGCAUGCGUGCGUGGGCACCUUCCACUUCUGUUGCUGAUGAGGCACCUCCGCUCUGGACACCACCUUUUCAUGGAUUGAUUUCUCUGCCAACGAACUUGUCACUUGAGGACACAUUUCGCUCUCCCGCCCCACCCACGACUACGACAGAGGACUUUUCCUACGCACUCGGAUGCAUGUGAAUAACAUGUAGUGUGAUUCUGCUUCUUACAGAAGUAUUCCCGGAGGUAUUAUUUCCAAUAUUAUUUGGUUUAUGAUACAAAUCUUUUUAUAGACGCAGGCCCAGCCCUUCGGUGCCAAUCAUGCCAUCCAGACAGUUCCUCUCGAGGGGCCUUUCUCCGGAGGGCGCCCCUGGCGCCCCUGCUUUCUCACAGGCAGCCCGGUUCUUGCUGAUGGCCCGGGUGUCGUUCCGGACGGCGGUCCUAGAGCCUGUCGUCCAAAACCAAAGUGAAUGGGAGCGUUUCUCAUGACCUGGUAUUGAAGAUACUGUGUGUCCCCAAAGCCGCGUAUUGGACUGUAUUCAGUUGUACACCCUCGGUAGUGGAAGGUAUGCUAAGUGAACCACAGUUACUCUGUACUUUUAUUAAUAUUUAACAUAAUUAAAUGUGGCCCCCGUGACCCGGCCCGGGAGUGCA